AUGAGCAUUCCUCACAGUACGAAACAAAGUAGCCCUCUCUCAAGUCGGCACCGUUCCAUAGCUAAUACCACUUCGCAGUUGACUCCGAGACACAGUCAUGAUAACUCGAGUAGCCAGAUUUCAAGUGCUAAGAAUAUUGCAUCUACCAGUCCGUCAGCUACCAUGAAUGAAAGCUCUAAGAGAAAUAAACAAAACUUGGUACUUUCAACCUCAUUUAUUUCCACCAAGAAAUUAGAAAAUAGUGCACCUUCGCCGACCAGUCCCCUAUUGGCAAGACGAACAAGAAGUACAAUGACCAAAGCACUCCUUAAUCUCAAAUCAGAAAUAAAUUAUCAAUAUCAGGAAUUAGCUCGACUGCGCAAAAAGAAGGACGAAUUUGAACAUCUUCGGGACUCCACAAUAUCUGAUAUUUACUCUGGAUCUUACUCCACUAAUCAUUUGCAAAAGCACUCAAUGAGGAUAAGAGCAAACACUCAACUUAGGGAAAUAGAUAACUCGAUAAAGAGGGUCGAACGGCAUAUCUUUGAUCUCAAACAACAAUUCGACGAGAAACGACAUAGAUCACUUACAACAUCCAGUUCAAUAAGGACUGACAUAGGGAGCAUCAGAAAUGAUGGUCGUCAAACCGAUGAUAGCGAAGAGUUGGAUGAUCACAGCAGUUUGACAGAUCAGGCUACUUUUGAUGAUGAAUAUCUGACAACUCCCACUUCGGUAACCGAACGUAAUAGCCAGCCUAACUUAAAUAGUCGUAGUACCAUUAAUUCGCGAAAUAACGAAGAUGUUUCUACACUUCCUGUUUCCAAUUUGGACGAUCCUGAUAUGACAAACUUAACAAAUGAUAGCGAAAAUGAUCCAGGUGAUCUUGAAAACGAAAAUCAAAUCUUCACAUCAACAACUACAGAAGCAGCCACAUGGCUCGUGAGUGACUACAUGCAAAGUUUUCAAGAGAAGAAUGUUAACCCUGAUUUUAUUGCCCAGAAAGCAAAUGGCUUGGUUAUCUUGUUGAAAGAACACUCGGAGAUAAGAAAAGAUUUAGUGCUAACUUCUUUCAUGUCAUCAAUUCAGAAUCUACUGCUUAAUGGAAACAAACUUAUUGCGGCAUCAGCCUACAGAGUAUGCCGCUAUUUAAUCAAUAGUUCGAACUUUAUUGAUGAAUUGUUAGAGCUAAGGUUAGAUGCUUUUAUUAUUAUUUCCCUUGCGAAAGAUAAUUCCUACCAAAUAGAGAGAGAACAAGCCUUGAAAAUAAUCCGAAGAUUUAUUGAGUAUAACAACGGAAUCACACGGGGUAUCAUGCAAGCUAUAAUAAGUUGUGUAGAAAAACCUGAAGACUCUUUAAGGCACAUGGCUUUGGAAACUUUAUUGGAGCUUUGUUUUGUCGCUCCAGCAAUGGUUAAAGAAUGCCGGGGCAUGAGAGUCAUCGAGGGAUUUCUUCAAGAUUAUACUUCCUUUUCACUUGCGUCCGUAAUUCUGGACACUAUUUUACAAUUAAUGGCCACACACAAAACAAGACAGCACUUUUUAGAAGACUUUAAUGUCUCAGUGUUAACGACGGUGUUUUCCGACACAAAUACAAAAUCAAACGUUAAUGUAGAAAAAAUGCAAAAUGCUUCUACACUUAUCUCAAUAACUUUGAACAGCUAUAAUGGUUUUAUGCUUUUUUCUAACGACAAUUUCAGACCGCUCAAACAACUUGUGUCAUUUUUCCAAAUUCCAAUAUGUGCCCAAUACCUCAUCGACAUCUUUCUUGAUGUUUUGAAAAUCAAACCGCUGCCGUACAAGCCAAAGGGGAGACAUUCUCAUUCUUUCAAACCCGUUCCAUCUCAAUACUACAAAGAAUGCAUGUCUGUAAAUCAAAGACUAGCGUUAAUUGUGCUGAUUCUAGACAACUCAAUGUUUGUAUCUCAUCUCCUUAAACUUCUGAACGAAGAGAACAGAGAUGAUUACCUGGUCACAAAAGGAAGAUAUCUUCUUACUGAAUAUUUUAAUCUCAGAAUGAACUUGGUAGAUAACAAAUACACCUCAGUAUCUGUGCCAAUUUCCAAGGAAAAUUUCACUUAUGUAAACGAAACAUUCCAGUUUCGGAAGAUCGCCUAUAAAAUGAAUAGGAAUAGAAAUACAAUUGGAAUGUCGGGUAUUGAUUACGCUCAAAACAUAAAAUCCUUUUCCAAAGAUAUCAAAGAGAAUACUCUUCUUCGAGAAGUGGAUGAUUUUCGAUUCAGAAGGAUGGUUUAUGACUCCAAGGUUUUACAAACAAAAGAUUUCACACGUUGGAACUGGAAUAUUAUAAAUGAAUUACUCGAAGGACCGUUACUAAAUAAAAAGCAAUUGGAAGAGCUAGUUAAAUCAACGAAAUUCAUCAGAAGAUUAUUAGUGUUUUAUAGACCACUUAGGUUGAGAUUUUCUAAUGUCAAUAAAGGUGCAAAAUUAUCUCAAAAGUAUGUACAGGUCGGAUGUCAGUUUUUUAAAACCCUAACAGCGACCCCGGAAGGAAUGAAAAUCCUUAUGGAUGAUACCAAAAUUAUACCACAAUUGGCGUCUUUAAUGUUCAGAGCCAUGGAGGGAAAUACAUCAGGUAAUAUCUUUAACAAAAACAAACUACGAGAAAAAAUAAUAUUUGGCUAUUUUAAAUUCAUUGGAAUACUAACGCAGUCAAAGAAUGGGGUUCAUAUCCUAACCAGGUGGAAUUUCUUUACCGUAAUUUAUAAGAUGUUUCAGUUCGAAUCGAAAUUAGGCCUAGAAUUUUUAUUAUUGACCAUACCUGAGUUAGAUUUGAAGUAUUCAUCACAUUGUCGCGUCAUUAUUGGCAAGGCUCUUGUUGUUGCCAAUGAGAAAGUCAGGAUUGAGGCCACGAAGCAUAUAGGUGAUAAAUUAAAGGAACUAUUAUCUAUGAAGGGAAGUGAUCUUAAGCUCAAAGCAACUAAAACUAAGCUACAACAAUUUAAAAUGGAAAUGCUAACGAGGCAGUUAUACGAUUUGAGUCCCAGUGUAGUCGCAGUAGCAGACCAAGCUUUAUAUGAAUGUAUUGUCGCAGGUAAUGGCUCCGAAGAGCUGGGCACCUCAUUUAGAAUGUUUUUGAACCAAAUGGUUUUCAUCAGGUCUCCAAUACUUUUUGAAUUGUUAAGUCGGCCAUACGGAUUUCAAUUGUUGAACGAAAUCAAUUUUGUAAAGGAGGAAAGAGAUUCAUGGCUGUCUAAAAAAAAUAUUGAAUACGUUCAUAUUGUGGAAGAAUUUCUCAAGAAAAAUCAAUCGGUUAAUGCGAAAUCCCUUUCAUUUCAACAAAAGAGUCGAUUACCACUACAUUUUUAUGAAAGUUUAACGAAAACAGAAGACGGAAUAUUAUUAUUAAGCCAAACAGGAGAUUUAGUCACAUUCAUGAACGUUAUAAAAAGAUACGUCAACGGAAACAAUAUGGCAAUAGUAGAAGAUGCUAAAAAAAUUCUGGACCUAAAAGCAGCAUUAUGGUGUGUUGGGUUUAUCGGAUCCACAGAAUUAGGGAUCGGCCUAUUGGACAACUAUUCGUUGGUCGAAGAUAUUAUUGACAUAGCAUAUAAUGCUAGCGUAACUAGCGUUAGGUUUACAGCAUUUUAUGUUUUGGGAUUAAUCAGUAUGACCCGUGAAGGCUGCGAAAUUCUGGAUGAAAUGGGGUGGAAUUGUUGUGUCAGUGUACAAGAUGAGCCUAUCGGGAUCGCACUACCCAAUAGACUUGAUAAAUUUCUUUCAUACAAUGAACAUAAAUGGUCCACCUUUGGUGAGUACACAGAUGAGAUGAUUGUGUUCGAUAAAACCGAUGGUGACUUGAUAGAAAAGUGCGUGCCCAUUGAAUUUGAUCUGGACAAAUUACUAAGAGAGAAGAACACCGCAGAGAAUCCAUUAAACGAAAAAAUUAUCAUCAGGAAAUACGACAAUGAUAUUACAAGUCAAAGUAUUACCAUUUCAGAUGAAAACACUAGUCUUGCCGCAAACGGAACUCUUUUUUCUCCCUAUGUCUCACAAUAUCGCAGCGACGAUGACUCGAUCGAGAACAAAAUGCUGCAUAUAGUGAGUCAGCUAGGUAAUCAUAUUCUCUCAAAUCACGCAGUAAAGGAAAUUACAGAAAUAAACAAUAAAUACGGUCCAAGGCUUUUCGAAAACGAGAAAAUGUUCUUCAAAGUAUUCAAUAUGAUGUCGAAGUAUCGGUUCAAACCACAUGUUAGAAAAUUCCUCUGCGGACUGUUCAUUAACAAUAGAGCGCUUGAAAAUGUCAUCAGGCAUGAUAACAAGAGAGACAAAAGGCCAGCAAAUUUUGUACGUUAG